ACAAAAGCAGUCGGAGUCUGGAGAUAUUCAAAUCAAAUUGCGGAGGGUGUGAAAAAUUCACACCUUCCUGAACAAACCCUAGAAGACAAUAAAAUUUUCGCUCCCACCCGUUUUUCCGUUCUUCUGAUUUAGUAGGAAGAAUUCCUUUUUUCCGUACUUUCAGUUUGAAUUCCAUCAAAAAAUGGAAAAUUCAGCUGCUUGCCCCAUCCCGUUGCUCCUCCUGUUCUUCUUCAUGUUCUUCACGAUCUACCUCGUUGCCUACUUCAUCGUCUUCCGCAAUUGGAGCCCCAAUAUCCGACCCGAAUCUUCCAGCUGCUUUAUCUCCCUUGCCCACGGCACACCCGCGGUUCUCUUGUCCACCUUUUCCAUACUCGCGGACUCAAACCGCGGUUUUGCCUCUCCCAACACCGACCCCCAGAACUUAGUCCUCGACUUCAGCAUUGCCUACUUCUUAAUGGACCUUCUCCACUACAUCGUCUUCUUCCCCAAGGACGUCCUCUUCAUCGCCCACCACUUGGCCACGCUCUUCGUCUUCGUCACCUGCCGCUACCUGGUCUCCCACGGCGCAUACGCCAUUCUCGUGCUCCUCAUCCUCGCAGAGCUCACCAGCGCCUGCCAGAACGCUUGGACCCUCGCGAAUGCGCGGAAGAACGACGUUGCAUUCGCCGCCAAACUGUACGGCCUCCUGUCUCCCCCCUUUUAUACGGUUUACUCGAUUGUUAGGGGCCUUGUGGGACCGUAUUUCCUGUACGAAAUGUUUGCGUUUUACGUGAGUGGGGCAGCAAAGAGUGUGAUCCCGAAGUGGGUCUGGGUUUCUUGGAUUGUUGUAGUUCUUACUGCUAUUUCUGUUAGUAUAUUGUGGGUUUCAAACUUGUGGGUUGAGUUAUAUAGAGACAGAACGGGCAAAUUGGAAAAGAAAAUUAGAUAGAAACAAUUAUGCUUUAGUGGCAACUUUUUCUUGUUAGUUUUAGCCUCUGUAUUUUUAAUUUUUAUUUUGGAAAAGUUUGGAAAUUUGAGUUUUUUUUAAGCUCUAUUUCGAAUCUUCGAUGUACGUUCCCAAACAGAAUAAUGGGAGGUGGGUUUCGUGGA